GGUGAGUCUCCGUACAACAGGUCGACGUAUCGGUACACUCCUCUGCUGGCCUGGCUGCUCACACCAAACAUUUACUUCAGCUUGGUGUUUGGUAAGAUGCUCUUCAUCGUGUGUGACGUUCUCUCUGGGGUCCUCAUCUAUAAGCUGCUCUGCUUCAGAGGCCUGAGCUGCAGGUCUGCAGCUCAGCUCUGUUCUCUGUGGCUCCUCAACCCUCUCCCUAUGGGCGUGUCGAGUCGAGGGAACGCAGAGUCCAUCCUGGCGGUUCUGGUUCUCGGGACGCUGCUCUGUAAGGAAGCUGGUCAUCUGCURUGGUCGGCUGUGCUCUACGGCCUCUCUGUUCACAUGAAGAUCUACCCCGUCACCUUCGGCCUGCCCAUCGCUCUGACCCUCAGGUCCUCACAGGAGGGCAGAGGGGGCCGAACCUGCGUCGCCUUUAUCAGAAGCUUCUUCAACCGUGAGCUGCUGGUGUUUGCAGGCGUGGCUGGAGGAGUGUUUGUUCUGCUCACAGCACUCUUUUAUUACAUGUAUGGCUGGGAGUUUCUUCAUGAGACGUAUUUGUACCAUCUGACCCGACGGGACAUCAGACACAACUUCUCCCCGUACUUCUACAUGCUCUACCUGACYGCAGACAGCAGGUGGAGCUUCACGCUGGGCCUGGCAGCCUUCCUGCCUCAGCUGGUCCUGCUCUUGGUGGCGUCCUGGGCCUUCCACCCUGACCUGGCCUUCACCUGUUUCCUCAACACGGCCAUCUUCGUCUCCUUCAACAAAGUCUGCACCUCACAGUACUUCCUGUGGUACCUCUGCUUACUUCCUCUGGUCAUCCCAAACCUGAGCCUGACGGUGAAACAGGGUGUGGGUCUGCUGCUCCUCUGGUUUGUUGCUCAGGGUGUGUGGUUGGCCCCGGCCUACUUCCUGGAGUUUGAAGGCUACAACACGUUCACUCUGAUCUGGCUGGCUGGGCUGGUGUUCCUGACGGUCAACUGCUUCAUCCUGAUUCAGAUUAUAACUCAUUACAAACCCAGAGGAACGGCCCGGAGGCUGAAGGCUGAGUGACUGCUGCUGGAGCAGUUUUUAAAUAUCAGGAAAAUCCUCACUUGGAUCAUCAGUUAAGCCUCUGGAUUAAAGGUUCACGUCGAYGCAGGGUGGCUGGAUUACAGAGCGACCAGUAGGUGGCAGCGUUUCCUAACAGGAGAAGGAUUGAGCAUCAGUGUGUGUGAACUCUCAGAUUAAUCAACUGGAGCAUGAAUCUGACCCAAACCAUCCCUGCAGCGCUUCCCUAAUCUCACCCUCCUGUUUCUGUAUAAUCUCACACAAAAACCCUUUGGGUCCUGGAGGUUCUGGACCCGUUUCAUGGUCCAGGAUAUAUAUAUUUAAAUAUUUAUAUUUAAAUAUUUAAAAGACUCUCKGCGGUCGGGGUUGAAUUAUUGAGACGUUUAUCCAAACGGCGUGUUUUUUUUUUUCUCCGUAUGUUUGUCCAUGUUGGGCUGACUCACGAUCAGCUGUGGCCUGGAUAUCCAGUUCAUGAAUCACAGAGCUGCACUCGCUAACCUUUCAGCUGUUUUUUUUUUUUUUUUCUUUUCUGCCCCUGGGUCAAAACAAAGCAAUUUAUUUCAACUGUACAUUCCAGCCAACACCACCACAUUCAGAUGUUUACUUUCAAAAGGUUUGAAUCUCUUUUCUUCAUAUUCUGAUGAUUUAUUUCCCCCAGAAAAAAAAAAAUUAAACCAAAAGACUAGAAGCAGAAUGUGUAAAUUAUGUGUAAAAUAUUUAAAGAGAAAUAGUAAAAAUAAAAUAUACGAAACAGAAUAAAAUAUUUACAGUGUGUCGGGUGGACUGAGAGGAAAUCGUUGCUUAAACACAAACUCAGAUGGACCUCUGACACGACUCAAACCUCCGUUUGAUGAAGGUUCAAGCAGCUUAAGUUAAUGAGCAUUAAGUGGAGGAGAUCUGUUGUCCUUCUUUAGCUAAUUGUGCUCAGGAAGAAGCUGUUGAGGUUGAGCUUCAUUACAUUUUACUGACUUCAUAAAUAAACAACUCUUAUUCCCAUUGAUCAUUAUUCUUCUGUUUCUGGACUCCAGUUUCAUCCAGUCACUGAGGAGAUUUAUAAAGACUURGCAGAUAAUUUUCAARUUUAAACAGGUCACAGAAAGUUGAACUUUACAGAACUGAACUGGUGUUUUUGAAAUCUUAAAUAGUUUUUACACWAUCAGUUAAAUCUUGUCUUUUAUCACUCUGUCUGUCACCAAAACCCAGAUUCACAUUGAUUUCCCCUGUUUCUGAGAUUAUUUUCUCACUACAAUAUUGGAAAUAAAAGUACGGUGUAGUAUUCAGGCCACAGAACGAGAUUAUUAUCUUUUUAUUACGAGACUAAAUCGYAAUAUUACGACAUYAAAGUCAUGACAUUAUGAGAUUAUAGUCGUGUGAGAGUAUUAUGACUUUUCUCAUACUAUUACGACAUUAAUCUCAUAUUAUUACGACUUUAUUCACGUAAUAUUGUGAUGUUAUUUUUCAUAAAAAAAUCUUAUUCUCCUAAUAUUAGGACUUUUUUCCUCAUAUUACAGUAUUAAUCUCAUAAUAUUAUGACUCCUCGUAAUUUAAAAAAUAAAUCUGUUUUGUGUGGCCCUAAUACUCCAUUGUAAAAAUGCUCCUCUAACUUGCAGAUAAAAUAAAACUGUUAUUUUAUUUUUUUUUAAAUAUUGCAAAUAUUUGAGACUCAAUUUCUAGUUUGCGUUUCUUCCUGUUUGAAAUGUUGCUGUGUUCCCGCCUUCCAUGGHGGAAAUCACCAUGUAACCUGCCACACAACAUAUAUUUUAGAUUACGAUAAAAGUCACAAAUGUGAGAUUUAAGUCAGAAUUCUCAUUUUAAUUUCAGAAUUCAGGAAAUAGUUCAUUCUUAUUUUAAUCCCAGAAUAACAGAAUCCUGAUCUUAAAGUCAUAAUUUUACACAACAACCCCGCCCCCAUCCAGAAUUCUGACUUUGUUCGUAAUUUUUCUUUACUUAUUUUUCUUUUUUCAUGGUGGCACUAAUCGUCCUCCACACAUUUGGUUUUUAGAGAAUAAAGUUGAUUUAUGGGAGAAA